CAGAGACGAGACCCUUCCAUUUGGAUCUAACUAGCUCAGCUGGAAUACCGCGAUAAUGCCUUCAACAAAGAAGAGUCUACAUUUCACGUCCAGUGCGUUGGUCACUGCCAUCGCUGUCGGGUGUUUGGGGUUUGGUAUGUCAGCUCAAUGGUCUCAAACAUCCUUGAAAUGCUCAAGACCUGGGACUGGCGUCUUCAAUGGAAGUGCCGAGGUUCAACUGGAGCUUUUUGAUGGUGUCGUCCUAAGAACCUCUUGCCCCUCUUUUGGAGGAGAUGAUUCAUUUGAAGUGUUUCCCAAGUUGCUAGAAUCAGGAGGAGCCCCUGUAGUCCUGCAUGGUUUGACUUUGGGCAUGUUGGCGCUGUGUUUACUGUUUUCGGCCUGCAGCAUCCUCAUCUCCCUCUACAACAGUGUCAGUAACCCUUAUGAGACCUACAUGGGGCCCAUAGGCAUCUAUGUGUGCAGCUCACUGAGCGCUUGUCUGGCUCUUUUGGCCCUCAUCAUAUACGUGUGUAAUAUCUUCGCUACUGAAAUGGCAGAGGAUUUAGUGCGGCUCUUUGCUGAAAAUAUUCCAGUAGAGAUGAGAAACAAGAAGACAGAGAUGAGCCUGGGAUUCUACAUGGUCAUCCCUUAUAUCGUGCUCUCUUUUGGUGCCAUUGGGUUGAUUUUCAUGUACGACCAUGCAGCCUACACACACAGGAGGGAGCAGCAGAGGCCUACAGAGGACGCACCCAAGGAGAUCAUGAUGUACUAGAGGACUGCACUGAUUUCAGUGACACUGAUACUCUGACAUAAACACUGUCUGGGGUAAUUUAAUGUCAGUGAAAACUACUGAUGGAAUUCAGGUGUGCACAGUAAAUAUUAAUGUACAACUUUUGUAAUGUUUAAAAAGAAUAUGCUUAAACUAACACAGUUUGAGAUGCACCUUUGCUUUUUUAGUAUUUUAAUAAUUUAAAAAAAAAUGAUGAAAAAUGAUUUUAUACAUGUACAAAUUAGUAUAGAUUUAUAUCCUACUUCCAUCUAGCUGACAACCUCAAAUCUGUUUAUUUUGAGUAAAGAUUAUUCAAAGACAGCAGGUCUAAAAAGUAAAAAGCAAAUUAUUUUUCUCAUGACAGUCAACCAUGUCUUUUAAUCCUCAACAUGUCAAAUAUAACUCUGUAAAUAUUGCUUUUCUUUGGCCAGUGUAAAUAAAUAGAUAUGA